GGAGGAGGGAGCAGGACAGAGAAAGUAUGCUGCAGCCUGGAACAAUCAUUUACACAUAGGAGCUUAACUGGGGAGGCAUGGUUGAGAAUUUUUAGCAACACAGUUUUUAGUCAGGGGAGGGAGUAGGACACAUUGUUAUUUUGCAUACAAAUGUCCUAAAAUGGACACUAUGCCCAUUUCAAGCUGUAGCAUUAGGAGCUGGCUGGUGGCACAGGAGAGCUGAGCAGUGCAUGGCACAGUGUAUGGGGCAUCCCUGGCAGCACAGUGAUACCUAAGGCACUCUUUCACUCUACCUGCCUGCUCAGAUCGGUUUCUUACCCUUACAUUCCCUGACGUUGAAUCUGUGGUGCCGGAAAGGCAGCAGGUGUCUUCUCGUUCAGUGCCCUGGGCUGCCAGGUUCCUUACAUGCUGGAGUUGGAAUAUGUACAGUGCCUUCUGAAAGCAGAGACGCGAUGAUUCCUGAGCAGCCAAACCAUGUUGUAUCCACCAUUGAGAACCUGCCGGCUGAAAGCAUCUCUACCAGCCCAGGCCCCCUGCACAGGAUGAGGAAUGUGUUCAGCAGGGAGAUGCUGCUCUCUGUCGCUCUGGGCCAAGUGUUAUCCUUACUCAUUUGUGGCAUCAGACUUACCAGCAAGUACUUGUCAGAGGAUUUUCAUGCCAACACACCACUCUUCCAGAGUUUCCUUAAUUAUAUCUUACUGUUCUUGGUGUACACCACUACACUGGCUGUAAGACAAGGGGAGGAAAAUUUAUUGGCGAUUUUGAAAAGGAGAUGGUGGAAGUACAUGUUUUUAGGAAUAAUAGACAUAGAAGCGACAUAUUUGGUGGUAAAAGCUCAUCAAUAUACUACUUUCAUUAGUAUACAGUUACUGAAUUGUUUUAUCAUUCCUGUGGUCAUAUUACUCUCCUGGUUCUUCUUACUGGUGCGAUAUAAAGUUUUACAUUUCAUUGGUGCUAUUGCCUGCAUAUUAGGCAUUGGUUGCAUGACAGGAGCUGAUGUGCUGAUGGGAAGGCAACAAAAAGAUGACUUCUAUCCAGGAGACAGCAAGUUGAUUGGGGAUGUUUUAGUAUUAGGAGGCGCCACACUCUAUGGAAUUUCAAGUGUAUGCCAGGAGUAUAUUGUGAGAAACCUUAGCCGGGUCGAGUUGCUAGGCAUGAUUGGCCUCUUUGGAUCAUUCUUCAGUGGUAUUCAGCUAGCAAUAAUGGAACACAAGGAGCUGUUAAAGGUGCCAUGGGACUGGCAAAUAGGAUUACUCUACAUCGGCUUCACUGCCUGCAUGUUUGGCCUCUAUAGCUUCAUGCCUGUGGUUAUCAAAAAAACAAGUGCCACUGCAAUCAACCUUUCUGUGUUAACAGCAGAACUCUACACUUUUUUCUGCGGCCUCUUCUUGUUUCAUUAUAAGUUUUCAGGGCUGUACCUUCUCUCCUUCUUCACAAUCCUGCUUGGGCUUGUCUUCUAUUUCUCCACCACUACGUACGUUGCCCAGGACCCCAGAGUGUACAAGCAGUUCCGUAACCCAUCUGGGCCAGUCGCUGAAUUGCCUUCUAGUGGACAUCUAGAGCCUUCAGUAACUUACACCAGUUUAAGCCAAGAAACAGAAGAGGAACCACGUGUGAGAGUUGCCUAAAGCCAGGCAUUAUUUCACCCAUGGAAGGUUCAGUGGCAUCUAUUUGUCCAUUAUCUCUGUAUUGUGCAUAGAAAAAGGUUCAGCUACCUGAAGGGACUUAAAAAUAACAUCAUGGAAACAUUUGGGAAGAAUGCAAGGAAUAUCAGAUUAAGUGAUAUAUCUAAAAAGCUCUAUUUAUUCAUAUGCGAGGGACCACACAUAGAAAGUUAAUAAAAAAGAGAAAAACAGGUGAUAUUACCUCAAAGUUUACUUUUGCACAUGCCAUCAUGUGAUAUCUUGCCAUCAAGUUAUUUUUUGGAUAUUUCACAACAUGCAUUGUCACGGUCUUUGAUAUCAUCACAUGGUUGUCUACUUGUUACUCAUAUAUAUGAGUGUUGUCCAUCUUCUAUCAUAGUCAUCUUAUGGGAUGAAGGAAACAGACAAUAUCUAUGGGGGCCUGACCACUAAAAACAGGAAGGAGGCUGGGGGCAAGUUCAUUUGCCUUUCAGCCAGUCUAAAGCCUACCAGGUGGAAAGCUCAUCUCUAUAAAAAGAAAUGACAUUCCUAAAGUGUCACUGACAGCUAACCCAGAUUUGCAGUACAUACAUAUAGAAAUCUGUGUAUAAAUAUUCAGUUAAUCAAUUUUGUUUUGCAAUAUAGUGUUUUUUGAUCUAAAUUCCAUUGGCUGAGUCAAUUGUUUUACCUUUCUAUUUUUUUAAAGCAGCUGAAGCACAUGGGGAACAUUUCUCCAUAACUGACUGUGAGUUCUACUGAUACAAAUUGAUGUUAACAGUACACAGAUAUCUGCAGGACCAGUAUUUGGUAUAUUACAUAACUGUUUUUAGUGAACUGUUUUCACAACCACAAACAGCAUAUGAGAAUAUAAUGUAGCUUGUGCUUCACAAGCCUUGAGCACCUAUUUGGUUCCUAUAUAAUCAUACAUUUGUCUCACAGUGUGGUCUUCCAAGUUACCACACAGUAGUCGCUAAGAUGUUCAGUAAGUAUUGACUGCACUGCCUGCCACCAAAUAGUUCACCUUUAUUGUGGUAUUAUUUGUGUUUAAAUUGUGCCCUUAAAACCUUCCACUACAACAUGUCUAUAGAAUUAGUUCACUGUGCUAUUGUAACCUAAUGAGUUUGUCUACAGUGUUUUAUAAGGGUACAAAUAAUGAAAUAGUCUAAAACCACAAAAGGGAAAAUUAAAGAAUGGUAGGUUCUUUCCAUCCUUGGGUCAGUCAGUUUAUGAUCACAAACCUUCAGCCCUUACGAGUUAUGGGUCACUGAGAUCCAGCAGGAAUGUUCUUACCCGUAACACUCCAGAAUGUGGUUGGGUUAAUUCUAAUUGGUGUCCAGUGGUCGCUGCUCUGAGAUGUAAAUUAUCCAGGAAACUUAUUGCUGGCUGGGCUAUAAGUACUUAAGAUCUACGUUCUGGAAAACAGAACAGUUCAGCUUUUAUGUGACAAAUCAGGUGAUUAAAAUAGGUAGAUUCAUACAGUAACAAAAUGGAUCCUCUGAAACUUGUCAGUGAUAAAACCUUUUUUUAAAUGGAGGAAUCUCACUGUUCAUACAAUUACUCUUGGUAGUGCAAGGGCACUGUUUGCUUUUGUAGUGAGAAUUGUGUUUCAGCUGUGAAAGUGGAAAUCAUCUAACAGUGUCAAAGUGUUUGCAAGCAAUUUUACUGCCUAUUUUACUGUGAGCAAAACGAGUAAGCAUAAAGUCACGGAUAGGCAAGCUUUGAUUCUCCACAUGCACAACUCCCAGAAUCCUUCCAGCAACAAAUGACAGGAGUUAACAUUCUGCAUUAGCUGGACAAUGGAAUGCUUGCUUGAAUCCUUGCUUUAAGCAGUACUCAGGGACAAAAUAAGCUGUGGUAGAUAUCCAUCCGCUAUACAUUCCUUAUAUUUUUAUACUUGUAGGCAGUGAAUCUACACCUACUAUACAGUACAUACAAUGUUGCCAACAAACCACCAUUAAUAUGCUUUACUUGUUUGUUUUAUCUGCAUUAGUUUUUAUGGUUUAUGUGUGAAAGUUUUAGUUGCUUCCAAGUGUUACUAAUCUUAUUUUACUUUAGUCUUACUUGUAAAAAUGUUUAGCCAAUUUUGUUUUAUUAAAUUGUGUUUGCUGUACUGCAAACUAAAUUGCUUUUUUGAUACAUCAUAGAUAUUAACUUUUAUAGUAGUUACAAUAUACAUUUGAAUCCACACUCACACUGCCUAUAUGUAUAUUUGUAUGCUCGGGGCAUGCCAGGUGUUUGCUCUGCUGGCUUAUUUCCACCAUACUACCGCUGCUGGUGACAGGCAAUUUAUAUUCAAUUAUAUGGCAGUGAGUUUGAGCAGUGACAGGUACAAACACCUGGUGUGCCAUGGGUCUUAGGAUCUUGCUCAUGCUCCUCGUUUCUCUGAACUGUAAACAAACCUAUCAUACAAAUCACACCCACAUGCCUGAACAAUAUCCACACAAUUUAUGUGCAGUGUAUCGUUUAUUUUCAUUUAUCCAAAUUUCUCCUGCAUAGUGCAAAAUAAUUAGCUAUCCACUGCCACAAAAAGUGCCUCAUGUCAAAAGACGGCCAACACGGGGAGUGUGUGUGUGUGCCUUAAUUAAUUUGCAGUAUGUAAUGCCAUGGGCAUCUUAUUCAUUCAUAUCUACUGUAUGCCUAGUUCAGCUUGCUAUCAUCAUUGAUCAGGACCUUGUCAGGAAAGGCAACCACAUAGUUGGUACUUCACGAGCCUGACAAAGACAAAAAUUUAAAGGCCAAAAAAAGUGACAACCCUACAGCCACAGGCUUCCUAUGGACUGCUGUGAGUUAGUGGCCUGUACAUGGCUUAGCUAAUUUUAGUCUGCAACCCAAGAGUUAUGAAAACUUAUGAAUUCUAUUGGCCCAACUUUUCCUAUUGCACUAUAUUUGGGAAAUGUCUCUUUAUGUAACAAAUCAUCUAUUACAGAGAUUCAGUUAUGUUUAUAGGUCUACUAAAACCUUCAAAAUUGUCACUGGUAAUUUUGCCAUAACACUACCCCAAAGAUAUACUAUUUUAAAAAAUUACACAAAUUGGGGUCUCCAAAGAGGCUGAUUUGUGCAAAAACUGUUGUUUCAGUAAGUAAUUAUUAUAUGUCAAUAUAUUAUAAUGUCAUUUCUAUUUACAUCAAUGUCCUGACACUGUGGUUUCUCAAUGUCUAGUUUGCCAGCACUCAAACAUAGACAUAAAAUAUAAGUGAUCGCAAAAGGUGGGCUAUGUCUUUCUCAAGGCUAUGAGCACACUGGCUGCUGACAUCAAAGGUGCUCACUAUCUGUGGCACUGAUAGCAAACACACACCAUAAACACCCCCAUGCAUAGUAAUGAGGCAUACACCUGAAUGGCUGGUAUAAGACUGAGCUGGACCCCAGAGUUUACUGACACCAAGGAGGUAAUUCACAAAAGUGAAAGAAAAAUUAAUCUUUUUAGUUUGACAUUGUUCCAGCAAAAUGUUUAUAACUUGAAAUUGGUGUAAGUUGUACUCCAAGUUUGUAAGGAGAAAUUAGGUACUCCAAAUUCACUAAAGAGGCCUUCUGUUAUAACAAUGUGUACAAAACCACGUUAUUUACAAAAUGUAUUAAGGCUUUUGUGAAUCUGAUUUUUUAACUCCAGUUUAACUUAAAUAGUAUUUCCUUACUCCACUUUUGUGAAUAUUAACUUUUGGGCACAAUAUUUCAUGGAGCAGUGGGAUCCAGUGUCAGGUGCAAUGAUUUCCUUUGGCAGGAUACACUUACAACUGAAACACUAAAUCAAGCAGCACCCAAUGUUUCCUGAAUUUAUCAGAUUUUAAUCUAUUGUUGUUAUUUUACAUCAAAGUUAACUUUUUUUCUCAGUACAGCCUGUACUCAAGCAUUGGUUUAAAAUUAAUACUGCACCCAGAAAUUCGCUAUUGUGGGAAAUAAAUGUCACUGUCUUAGGUGCUGAUCCAUAGGUAACAAAUACCUUAUUUUUAUGUUGUUGGUGCACUGUUGUCCAUAAGCAAAUUCUUAUGAUCACAUAAAAGCUCUGUUUGCCCUACUGCCCAUUAUUAAACAGAUGAAAAAGCACACUCCCAUGGACAUAAUGAGGACAAAUAAACCAAAAAUACAAGUAAAUCCUUCAUAAAUUUGGUAUACAAACCCUUCUCCGUUUUUAAUAUUGCAUGCUUCUAAAUGGACUGGCUGUGGCAAUGUAAUGCCUCUAAACUGUUUAAAAUAAAAAAAAUAAUAUAUAAAAUAAGCUUGU